CUAUAUAUAAAUGAUGCAAGCCAGAUCCAAAGUCACGCACGGAUCAGAGAUCUGUCUAGAUGGCGAUGUGGAUAUCAGCCCUCUCCGUUCUCUUCCUAGCCGCCUUUGCUGUAACUAUUGCCAGGGGAGAUAAGGACGAGGAGUGUGUGUACACAGUGUACGUUAAGACGGGAUCAGUGAUCAAAGGUGGCACAGACUCAAAGAUCGGUCUGAGCUUGCAAGACUCUUCCGGCAACGGGAUCGUUAUCUCGGAUCUGGAAUCAUGGGGUGGGCUCAUGGGUUCCGACCAUGACUACUUUGAGCGCGGCACCUUGGAUGUGUUCAGUGGGCGUGGGUCAUGCGGAGUUAACCCCCCUGUUUGCAUGUUAAACCUCACUUCCGAUGGUUCAGGUGCUCACCAUGGCUGGUAUUGUGAGUACGUGGAGGUCACCACCACUGGACCUCAUGUGCCUUGUGAUAAGACGCUUUUCUUUGUGCAUCAGUGGCUGGCUUUGGAUGCGCCGCCCUACCAACUCUACGCCACUGUUAAUGGAUGUGGUCAGUUAUCAGCGCGUGGUGGUCAUGACCAUCACCAAAAGAGACUUCUCGUCAUUGGUGAUCAGUCCUCUGCUUCUUCCAUGUGACAGUGUAUGAUGGCCCUAUGGAUGUUUUUUUUUUUUUCUGCCUACUGCUGGUUUCUAGUUGCCUUGCUGAGAGUGAGUGAGAGUGAGUGCGAGUGGGAUGAUAUGUAAUUGCCCUUUUACCUUUUCUUUUCCUUUGGGUUGUGAUGAUGAAUAAUAAUAAGUCAUGAUAUGAUAUGCAA